CUGCAAGAGACGAGGUUGCUAUGCGGUUACUAGGCGCAGAUUGUGGGAAAUCUUUUUGAUACAUAGCUUGUUGUGGAUGCAGAGUUUACAUUUUUUAAAGACUUGCUCCCACUAUCAAUAAUGCUAUGCCUUUGUAUAGGUUUUUAUGUGUGAAUAUGGUUGAAGAAGUUUACCAAGGUGGUUGCUCGGACUAAACAAAAUAAAACCAAACACAGAAUAAUUCGCUUAGGUAAAUCAUAUAUAGUGAACUAACCUAAGAUAUCGAAUUAACGUUAGGCCUGAAGUUCGAAAAGUUUGUAAUCUUCAGGUACGUUAACGUGGGAGUUUUGAUCUCCGGUGAAUAUGACCCAAUCUGUAAAGGUAAUGUUAGACUGGAAUAAAAUUGGAAAUGUUGAUCCAGAGGAACUGGAAAACGACGAUGAGGAACUUGUCGACACAUUGCUUCAGGUUGAGCAGAGGGACAUACAAGAAAAAGAAGCCACAUCUUUAGUCCAGCUUUUCAGAAUAGCUCAGUCUCUCCUGAAGAUCAAAUGUCAAGAGCUUUCAUUUGCGUAUGAGAUGAUCGAGAAGGCUGGAGUUGAUCAGGCAAGACUGGAGAAUGCAUUUCAGACCAAAGUAUCCAAACUGGAGAGUGAACUGAAGAUGGUGAAUCGAUCCGCGGGGGGUAGAGAUACACGUUUCCUGCGGGAUGAGAUCCGCCAGCUGGAGGGGCAUUUGGAACGCAAGGAGAAGGAGCUGGUUCAGCUGGACAAGGAGAUGAUGAAGGAGAGGAAGACCAACGAGGAGCUAUCGACCAGAGUGGAGGGCACCGAGGAUAAGAACAGGACUCUGAGACGGGAGAAUGAUCAGCUCCGUCAAGAUGUGGAAUUUUAUCGCAGAGAACUGGAGCAGAGGGUGCCUGUCCAGUCCAAAGACCAGAGCCUUGAGGCCCAGAGACGCCUCACCCUAUCCAACCGCCAGCUCUACCAGUGCAUGGAGGACUUACAGAGAGCCGAGGAUGAAACGGCUCAUUUGAAGACUCAGAGUGAUCAGAUGCAGAAGAAUCUCGAGGAGUCUGUGAAGGAGAUGGAGAAGAUGACGGAUGAAUACAACAAGAUGAAGAUCAUAGUUCAGCAGUCAGAUUCCAUGAUGGACCAGCUGCGGAGGGACAGAGACCAUGCCAAGACUCAGGUGAGAGAACUGAUGGACCAAAUCCAGAGGAGGGCUGAAGAGGACGAUCCAGUCAUGGCUGCAGUCAGCGCUAAAGUGGAGGAGUGGAAGAGAGUGUUAUCUGAGAAGGACGACGAGGUCCUGGAAUACCAACGGAUGAAUCGGGAACUGCGAGACAAACUGAGGGCAUCACAAAUGGACACCGAUAAGAACAACCUAUUAGCUCUCCAGCAGGCUGUUCAAGAAAGGGACCACCAAAUCAAGAUGCUGAGUGAUCAAGUGGAGCAAUACACAAAUGAAAUGGAGAAAAACACAGAACUGAUUGAAGAACUGAAGAAACCCUUAAGGAAAGAGAGAGGUCCUCUCACUGCUGUGCAGCUGCGCAGGAUGGAGGGACUCCAGACGAAGGUCACCGCAGCGGAGAGGAAGGCCUUGGAGGCUGAGCACCAAGCAGAAUUAGCCGAGAAAGAUGCCCGACUCAAGGACAAGGAGCUCAGCGACACCCUCACUCGCAUAAGAGUCUAUGAGUCUGGCACAGAUGGCUUGGGAGCUGCCAUAGCUGAGAUCAAAGAGUGCAAAAACCAGACGGCGAUACGAGACGCUGAGGCCAGAGCCAUGACCAGAGAAAUCAACACGUUAGAGAUGAGGAUGAACGACCUGCUGGACCAGAACGAGGCCUUGAGAGAGAGACUGGGUCUCAACCAAGAGGAAGAAGUGGACUUGACUGAAUUUCGAAGGUCUAAGGCUUUAAAGCAAAGGCAGUAUAAAGCAGAAAAUCAAGUAUUGAUGAAAGAGAUAGAGAGACUCGAGGAGGACAGACUUGAUCUCAAGAUGCAGUUAAGGGCCAUGGUGAAGGAAAAAGGGAUGAGCAGUGAACCUAUGCCUAAUAUCUACACUCCAAGAGAGACCUCAGGUGCAUCCACCGAUGACCACAUAAAAACAAUGGUAUGUCUGCUUUUUUUGAUUGACACUCCACAGAAUGAACAUCUUCGAAUGGAGCUUAAUAACAAACAGAUCGAACUGGAACUGAAAGAAAAGGAAUCAUCUGAAUUUAAGGCCAAAUUCAAUGAAAUGUUAAAUGAAAAUAAGCACCUGGAAGAAGGCAUCAAGGAGAUCCUGGGGGCUCUACAGGACAACCAGCAGAGGACACACACCAUUAGUGUUCCCUGUUUGGAGAGGCUGGUGACUGCUUUAGAAAUGAAAAACACAGAAGGAGCUCCCGAGUCCAGUCUGCAACUGAAGAUGCAGGUGGACACUUUAACAGGCCGGAACCAUGAACUGAGACAGGAGAUGAGAGGUGUGAGGGACGACGCAGCACAGACUCUGAGGGAACUGGUAAUGGCCAGUGAAAAGGUUAUGCGUUUGGAGAGUGAAUUAGAAACACUGAGGAAAUCUAAUGAGACCAAAGCAGUCUUUAAGGCUGUGUGCAUUCCUGAGGAAUUGACACCAUCUAAUGUGGAUGCCAUCAGCUCUUUGAAUGAUUAUGCUGUUCAUCUUCUGCUGGAGGUUAAAGAUAAAGAAGACACAUGCAAGCGACUUCAGGUGGCUUUAAAGGAGUACAGAAGAAAACUAGCCGUGAUUCGGCACCAGCAAGGUCUUCUAUAUGAAGAAUAUCAAAGUGAGAGGGAAGCGUGGCAGAAGGAGAGAGAGUCACUUAAGGAGGCAAAGAAUAAGUUGGAAGAGCAGCGAGAGCGGGAUGAGGUGAAGAUCAAAGAGUUCACUCACUGGCUUGAGGUGUUAGAGCAGCACCCCACAGAGAUCAAGAGAGGGAUCUCGGAGGCGUCUCGAAAGAUGACCGUGCUCCGCGUGAACGAGAAGUCCCUCACCAGGUACUGCACCACUCUGCUGGAACUGGAGCAGCACCUCCGGAAGGAGAACAACAAGCUCAAAGAUGAUUCUGUUAAAAUGGAAAUGUCUGUGACUGAGAGGAUGUCUUACUUACAAAGAUAUAAGGACAUGGCUGUUUUCAAAAUAGCUGCCCUCCAGAAGGCUCUGGAUAAUAGCGUCCCUUCCCCGGAACUUGAGAAAGCCCACAAACAGUACAUCAACCUAACGGUCAAAUACAGAGACCUCCUGCAGAAAGACAACCAUCUCGUUCAGAGGGCCACUGCGCUCGAACAUUUACAGCAAGAGAAUGUGUCCCUUCAUGAACACAUCAGCGCCCUCAACAAAGAACUGCAUAUCAACAGGGAGAGGAUCCACGUGCUGGAACAAGCGUGGGAUCACACACACUCUCAAGAUGACAGCAGGGCUGAAAAGGCGACGAUGACGAACGGUGAAAUAGUGUCUGUUUCUAAAAAGAUGGCUACUCUGGAGAUGAAGGAGCUGAACGAGCGGCAGAGGGCGGAGCACGCCCAGAGGAUGUACGAGCAGCUUCGCGAUUCUCUAAGACAAGUGGAACAACGCAAUCUUGACCUGGAGAACAAAUUUGUGGAGGUGACCAAGCAGAACUUGGAUUCCCAGAGAGUGGAGCAGGAGCUGCGUGAUGAGUUGGCCAACAGCGUCAGUGCGGCUGUGAACGACCGCGACCAGAAGUGCAUCACUGAUCACGAGAGGACAGAGGCUGAGAUGAAGAUGGAGAUCUCCAAGUUGCAGGAAGUAGCCAACGUGGCCAAAAUGCAGGUGUCUGCACUGGAAGCCAGGCAGCUGUCCAGAGAAAAGGAAAUUGAAGCGCUGAGGAGACAGACCCUAGAGUACCAGGCCCAGUCGGAUGAGAAGGCCCUCAUAGCCAAGCUCUAUCAGCACAUUGUUGCCUUGCAAUUAAGUGAAACAACCGCUCUGUGUAGGCUGGAGAGCACCACUAACCAGCUUCGUAAACUCGAGGCUCAGAUGCUGCGGGCUGAACAGCAGCUGGACGAAAAGGAGAAAACCCUGUGGUACGUCCGCCACAGUGCUCACGGCCAGGCCAAACACCUUCGGCAGACGAUCCAGUUGUUGCGGAGGCAGUUUUGUGGUGCGCUUCCCCUGGCGCAGCAGGAGAGGUCUUUCCAGACCAUGAGGCACCUUCAGGAGGAUCGCGAUCAGGUGAGACAGGAGGCCCUUCGGGCCGAAGAGCAGAGGCGGAGCUUAGAAGGCAAGGCCAAAGAGCUGGAGCUCAAACUCAAAGGACUGGAGGACCUCACAACCACUCUUAAGGAUUCCAAAGGGGCUCAGAAGGUGAUUGAGUGGCACAAGAAACUGGAGGAGAGCCGGCUGCUGGAGAUGAAACGCAGCAGAGAAGUGGGUAUUCAGAAGGAGGAAAUCAGAUACUUGAGAAAUGUGGUAGAGGAACAAGAACGGUCCAUCAGUGCCUUGGAGGAUGAUCACAUUCAGGAGAGAAAGCUUCACGAGGAGCGGCAGCUGCUUUGGGAAGGAAGGGAGGUGGAGUUUGAGCGCCAGAUGGAGCACUUUGAGAAACAACAGAAUGAACUUUAUGAUGCUCAUCAAAAGACAGGUGGCGCCCUCCCGGAUCCAACCCUGCCUCUCUCCCAGCAGCUCAAUCAUUCUCUGACAAAAAUUAAGGAGCUUGUCCGCGCUGUUUCGGAAAAACAAGCAACCUGCAAUUCUCUGGAAGAGAAACUGAAAGAGAGGGACGAGGCCUUCUGGAAAUCAGAGCAGAAUGUUCUCUCUCGAGACAAGGUCAUUAAUGAGCUGCGCCUCCGCUUGCCAGCAGUUGCUGAAAAGGAGAAGAUCUUAGCGAACCUCAGCAGACAGGACAAUAAUCCUGAGAGCCAACCAGCAUUCAAAGUGGCUCAACAAACUAUAAACAGCCUUCAGGGACGCUUGAACCAGAAAGAAGAAGUCUUGAAGAAGUACCAGCACCUUCUGUCCAGAACAAGACAAGAACAAGAAGACAUUGCACAGAAGCACAAAGAGGACAUGCAGACUCUUCAGCAGAAGCUUGAAACACUUACAGAAGCUUCAUUAGGUCACCUUAAACAGACAGCUCUGGACUUAAUGAAGAAACCCUUUAUCACCAUACCAACCACAAAACACCUGGCACGUUUAGCUGAAUUGGAGCAGACUGUGGCUGAGCAAGAAAACUCUCUCACAACCCUCAUGGAUAAGCUGAAGGUCAGGACUGCAGAGCUGGACAAACAGAGACAUAUCAUGGACCUCCAGACCAGGAAGCAUGACAUGGACAAAGACAAGCUGGAAGGGAACCACUCAGCUCAGAAGAGAUCCCUCGAACAGGAAGCGGAGGAGCUCCGAGCCCAGGCUGCUCAGAUGGCCGAUCAACUGCACUGCCUCCAGACAGAGCUGGACUCCCAGAGAGAGGCCAAUGUCCGCGCACCGAGCCAAACCAUGAAGAACCUGGUGGACAGUCUGAAGGCUCAACUCUGCCUCAAGGAGAAGCAACAGAGGGCUUUGAGCAAGGCACUUCAAGAGCUGCGUGCCGAGAUGACCUCCCACGCCGAGCAGCAGAUCAUCGCCAAUGUCACACAGAGAGAAGAGAACUUCAAUAUUCAGCAGAUUGUUGACAAACACACCAAAGAGUUGCAGGGGCGUAUACAGGAGCUGAGCGAGGAGCUCCUGAAGGUGAGAGAGGGUGCGGGCGUGUCCCAGAGCAGGGAGAGCUCCAUGAGGCAGGCCCAUGACGGCCUGAUGGGAGAGCUCCAGAAGAGCCGCAGAGCGCACGCCAAACUGCAGGCGGAGAAGGCGCUCUUGGAAGACAAGGUGGCUAAUCUGAAACAGAGAGUGAAGGCGCUCAGCAGCAACUUGCAGCAGAGUCAGAAUGAAGGUGAAGGCAGAGGUUCCACAGCGGCGGGGUUACGACAGAGAAUCUCCAAACUGGAGACGGAGCUGGACAGAACCAGAACAUCAGAGCAGCCAGAGGGAGCGCUUGGAAGAGAGGAGAAGGAGAAGGACAAGAUGUCAAAAGAAGAGAUGACGAGGUGGGACGAGGGUAAGAGGUGGCAUGCCAGGCUGGAGAAGAUCCGGAACACGCUGAAGGAGAAGGAAAGAGAAGUGGAGACUUUGUCAAAACAGUUGAAUACCAUCAAAGACCUCUACACCAGGGUGGAGGGGGAAAAGAUUCAUCUACAGAAGAAACUAUCACGGAGUCGGGGAGUGACUGCAGAUCAGGUCGUGGGAGCACGGAGUCGUGGAGUGACUGCAGAUCAGGUCGUGGGAGCACGGAGUCUGGAGUCUGACAAGGAGAUCGAGGAGCUGAGGAGGAGAAAUUCUCAACUGGAGCGACAGAUUCAAACUAUAAAACAGCAACAGGCUUUACCGAGAGAUGCCGCAAUCGAGGACAUGCACCUUAGGAAUCGCUAUCUCGAAGACAGGAUCCUGUGUCUGGAGACCCAGCUCUCCAGAGAAGCAUCUACAUUGGGACCGUAUGUCGAGUCUCCUACACAGAAAGAGCAUAAACUACAAGAAGAAAACCUCCGGCUCUCUUCUAAAAACCUGGAGCUCUGCUUCCAGCUGGAGCAAGCAACCAAAGACUUGCCCAGAUUAAAGGACCAAGUGUCUGAUCUCAAAGACAUGUGUAACGUUCUCAUUAAGGAGAAGGCUGCAUUGGAGGCGAAACUUGGGCACAUCCGCAAGGCAGGGGGCAGUGGGAAGACGGCCCCUGAGCUGGAGAAGACCAUCGGUCUGAUGAAGAAGGUGGUGGAGAGAGUCCAGCGGGAAAACGAGGCUUUGAAGAAGGUCUCCGCCCCAGCCAUGCAGGAGCAGCUGUGUGCACUUGAGCAAGAGCAUGACAAACUCAAGGCACAAUAUGAUCAGCUCAAGGGGAAAAUGCAAACGGAGUUAAAAAAAGAAGGGUGGAGAAAACUAUGACGGAGAAUGACCAGUUAAGGAAUUACAUUAAAAAAGGAAGCAGCAGAGAAACUG